AUGAACUACCUGAAGAUGGCCCCUUCGGACGCGGAGGAGGAGCCCCCGGGGCCGCUGCCUGAUGAUGAGCCGCAACUGCAGCAAGACCAUUAUCUGUUACAUGUUUCAGUGUCUUCAGCCGGCGAGUACGGAGUUAGCACGGCGCCUCUGUCCUCGCGCGCCAAGGAACAGCUCGCUCAGGCUUGCUCCGUGAGGCUCGAGCGCCUGCGCCACUCCCCGCGUGCGAGCCAGCCGUGUCCCGUGACGUCACACCGCGAGCCGAGCCCCGCCAGCAGUGUGCAGGACGUGACGUCACACCGCGGGCCGAGCCCCGCCAGCAGUGUGCAGGACGUGACGUCACACCGCGGGCCGAGCCCCGCCAGCAGUGUGCAGGACGUGACGUCACACCGCGAGCCGAGCCCCGCCAGCAGUGUGCAGGACGUGACGUCACACCGCGAGCCGAGUCCCGCCAGCAGUGUGCAGGACGUGACGUCACACCGCGAGCCGAGCCCCGCCAGCAGUGUGCAGGACGUGACGUCACACCGCGGGCCGAGCCCCGCCGGCAGUGUGCAGGACGUGCCCGGUGACACCACCGACGAGGAACAAGCCUACACGUCCGAUGUAGAAUCAUCCAUUAAAUCAGAGCCUAAUGAUGACGAAGUGGGAGAUGAGCAGGUGCUUGCUGUGUCAUCCGCAGCUGUUGUGGUCCCGUUUGCGCCGCGUGAGGCGCCCGUGCAGGCGAGUGCCGUGACGUCACACCAUGAGCCGACGCCAGCGAGGAGAGUGACGUUGCCUGAUGCCACCCGCCCACAAGCCCACACACACCACUCUAGGUUACUCCGACAAAUCAAUAACCAGCACACAGACACUAAAGCAAUGUAUUCAUGCAACAUCAAAAUAAAUAACCAACACACCGACACUAAAGCAAUGUAUUCGUGCAACAUCUGUUCACAAAAGUUCUCAAACAAAACUCUGUUCAACCGACAUGUACACACUCACAUGGACCUAGAAACAUACAUUUGUGAUAUGUGUAAUAUGAAAUUCAGGUUGAAAUCAGUUUUAAAGAGACAUAUUUUUAAGUUACACAUGAAGAUAAAACGCGUGUGCAAAAUUUGUAACAAAAUUGUUGACAAAAUGUACUUAGAGAAACAUCAAAGACUUCACACUGGUGAGAAACCAUACAAAUGUAAGGUAUGUGACAAGAAAUUUGCACUUGUUGAAUAUUUACGUUCACACGAAAGAGUUCACACUGAUGAAAAACGAUACAAGUGUGAAGAAUGUAACAAACAAUUCAAAUAUAUAAGUGGGUAUAAAAUGCACAAAAAAAAACACACCGGCGACAAAAGAUAUAGCUGUGAUCAAUGCGGCAAACGUUUUAUACAAAAGAGCACUUUAACUGAACACAAAAAAGUGCACACUGGUGAGAAAUUAUAUAAGUGUGACGAAUGUGACCAAUUAUUUGGAUAUAGGAAAACUUUAAAAAAACAUAAAAAAAAUCAUGCUCGAGGUGAUAUGUACAGCUGUAACGUUUGCGACGAGAAAUUUCCACUAAGAAAACUUUUAGAUAAACAUAAACACAAGCACAUCGGAGAAAAAGCGUUCCGGUGCAAAGAAUGUAACAAGAGAUUUAAGAUAAAAAGUCGUUUAGAUUUCCAUAAAAUAACGCACAAUGGAGACAGACAAUACAUCUGUGACAAGUGUGGUAAGCAAUUUAAACGACAAGGUAAUUUAGAUCAACAUAAAAAAAAUCACGCAGAAAAAUGUCACAGUUGUAAUAAAUGUAACAAGCAAUUCACACACAAACACCAGUUGGAUGCUCAUGAGAGAACUCACACUAAAUAAAAACCAUAUAUUUGUGAAAAAUGUGGCGCGCGAUUCGCGCAAAAUUAUAUCCUACAGAAACAUAAACAAACUCAUCUUGAAAAGGUACCCGGUAACUGAGUGACUGAGGAAA